AUGGAGCCCGAGCUGGCGGCCCAGAAGCCACCCCAGCCGCCGAGACGAAGCCGCCGGACUUCCGAGCUCGGCGCGGGCGGCGCCGCGGGGCCUUCACCUGACACCCCCGGGCCGGAGCCGGACCGCAGAUAUUCCCUUAGGAGAGGUAGCUCCUUCACAUUUUUAACACCUGGACCCCACUGGGACUUCACUUUGAAAAGAAAACGAAGAGCAAAAGAUGAUGAUGUCGUAAGCCUUAGCAGCCUUGAUCUGAAGGAGCCAAGCAAUAAAAGAGUUCGACCUCUAGCUCGGGUCACAUCCUUGGCAAAUUUAAUCUCUCCCGUAAGAAAUGGAGCAGUCAGACGUUUUGGUCAAACAAUACAGUCAUUUACCCUUCGUGGUGACAAUAGAUCUCCAGCUUCUGCCCAGAAGUGGUCUAGCAGAUCAACAGUCCCAACACCUGCUAAAAGGAGAAGUAGUGUAUUGUGGUCAGAGAUGUUAGACGUCAGCAUGAAGGAGUCUUUAACUACCAAAGAAAUUAAACGUCAGGAGGCAAUAUAUGAAAUGUCUCGAGGUGAACAGGAUUUAAUUGAGGAUCUCAAGCUUGCAAGAAAGGCCUACCAUGACCCCAUGUUAAAGUUGUCUAUUAUGUCAGAAGAGGAACUAACACAAAUAUUUGGUGAUCUGGAUGCUUAUAUACCUCUUCAUGAAGAUUUGUUGGCAAGAUUAGGAGAAGCAACCAAACCUUCUGGAACAAUAGAGCAGAUUGGUGACAUUCUUGUGAACUGGUUGCCAGGCUUGAAUGCCUACAAAGGCUAUUGUAGUAACCAGCUGGCAGCCAAAGCUCUUCUUGAUCAAAAGAAACAAGAUCCAAGAGUCCAGGACUUUCUCCAGCGAUGUCUUGAGUCUCCCUUCAGUCGAAAACUAGAUCUUUGGAGCUUCCUAGAUAUUCCUCGAAGUCGCCUCGUCAAAUACCCUUUACUGUUAAAAGAAAUUCUUAGACAUACUCCAAAAGACCACCCUGAUGUCCAGCUUCUGGAAGAAGCUAUACUGAUAAUACAAGGCGUUCUCUCUGAUAUCAACUUGAAGAAAGGCGAAUCAGAAUGCCAAUAUUACAUUGACAAACUGGAAUAUCUGGAUGAAAAGCAGAAGGAUCCUAGAAUUGAGGCAAGCAAAGUAUUGCUUUGUCACGGGGAACUGAAGAACAAAAAUGGACAUAAACUUUACAUUUUCCUGUUUCAAGACAUCUUGGUUUUGACCCGGCCUGUUACACGAAAUGACCGUCACUCUUACCAGGUUUACCGGCAGCCUAUCCCAGUCCAAGAGCUGGUCUUGGAAGACCUACAGGACGGAGAUGUGAGAAUGGGAGGAUCCUUUCGAGGGGCUUUCAGCAACUCAGAUAAAGCUAAAAAUAUCUUUAGAGUUCGCUUCCAAGAUCCCUCUCUGGGCCAGUCACACACUCUACAAGCAAAUGAUGUGUUCCACAAACAGCAGUGGUUCAAUUGUAUUCGCACUGCUAUUGCCCCUUUCCAGCAGGCUACUAGUUCACCUGAGCUGCAAGGUUUGCCAGAGCUCCAUGAGGAGUAUGAAGAGAACAACCCCGCCGCCGGGAAUAUCAGAGCCCAGAGAAGGUCAUCUACGGUGUCGAGUGUGACUCAGGUGGAAGUUGAUGGAGAUACUUCAGAAUGUGGCUCCCCAGUGCACGCCGCAGACAACAUUAAGAGUGUCAAAGCACACCGAACACAAUCCGGCUUCCGAAAAUCAAGGGACAAAGCCCACUUUAGUGGCAAACGGAAAGAGACUUUGGUAUAAAGAGUGUUAACUAGUGGAGAAACUGUUUAUUUAUAAAUGUGUACAGUUUGUUUUAUCUUGUAAUGUGAGCAUGGGAGCAUUGCAGGGUUACUUAAUACCAGUCUUAACAUUUUCUAUGUUUUUGGUUGGUUUUGGUGGUUGUUCCCUUUUUUUUUGUUUUUUUUUGUUUUUGUUUUUUUUGUUUUGUUUUUUUUUGUUAAGGCAGCUAAAGAUAUAUAUAUAUAUAUAU